AACACGGAAAUCAUAGAUUCAUUUUUUUUAACGGACGGAACAUUUGUGCGUGCAAAAAUGUCAGGAAAGGUGGUACUCUAUUACUUCAACGGGAGAGGGAAAAUGGAGUCAAUACGGUGGCUUUUGGCUGUAGCUGGAGUUGAGUUCGAGGAGGUUCAUCUGACCACCAAGGAGCAAUUCAAAAAAUUGGUGGAUGACGGAGUGCUCUUGUUUCAUCAGGUUCCCUUGGUUGAAAUGGACGGAAUGAAGCUUGUUCAGACGAAGGCCAUUUUGAACUACAUCGCUGGAAAAUACAAUCUAUAUGGAAAGGAUAUUAAAGAGCGUCUUAUGAUUGAUAUGUACUCUGAGGGUGCUAGGGACAUCAUGGACAUGAUCAUGAUUCUGCCCUUUACACCUGCUGACCAAAAACAGAGUCAGCUGGAUAAAAUACAGGGCAAAGCCAAGGAACGCACUCUUCCUGCUUAUGAAAAGGCUCUUGCUCAUUCCCAGUACCUUGUGGGAACCCAGUUAAGUUGUGCAGAUGUGCAUCUCCUUGAGGUCACUCUCAUGCUGGAGGAGGUGCUCCCUACAAUACUUUCCACUUUCCCCAAAAUCCAGGAAUUUCAAAAGAGGAUGAAAGCAAUUCCAGCCAUCAGUAAGUUCCUGCAGCCCGGCAGUCAGAGGAAAUCUCCGCCUGAUGAAGUUUAUGUAAAAACUGUCAUGAAUGUAUUAAGCCAUCUUUUCAAGUAGAAGACUGAAGGUACUUCAAGCACUUUAUAAACAUUGUUGUACCUUGCACAGAAGAGGGAUUAUGUAAGGCUGUUAAUCAUAAAUGAAUUCUGUUUCACACUCAGUAGUUUGCCCUUUGGACAAAAAUAAGCAUUAAAGAGCGGUUUCUGUUCUCUCCAAUAUAAUAUACCAUAUCCAAGCUAUCUAAAGAUAAAUCACUAGUGAGUUUGAUGGAUUACAAUUUAAGUGCAUACUCGUGAGGCUAUGAUGUAAAUCCUAAUGAGUGAACGUUUUGGACAUUAUGGUUACUGACAUAACAGCAUAAAAUAGCAUGCACUAAAUGAUAGUAGUUUGAUAAUAUUCUUGGUCUUUUGCACAUUGUGUAAAGCUGUUCUCCUUGUAUAAUACAGGCUUUUAAAGCAAUAAAUGAUUCCAAGUUUAAA